AUUCAAUGAAAUGAGCAUAAUAAUUUUCCAACACUAACAACAGUGUGACCGCAAUAUGCAAAAGGAAAAUUACGCCAACAGCUGAACAUUCUGCCAUGACAUAAGAAGCGAACGUUCGUCCAGAGGGGAGAAACGACGUCGAAUGGCCGUAGCCCCAACACAAUUUUAGAUUAGUUCAAGAUUUCUGACUCAAAGUGCUAACAUAUACACAACGAACGCAGCAGCAGCGAAUAAGCGACACGACAACAAAGCAAAAUGACGGGCAUCAUUUCGAUAUUAACAAGGCAAUUGCCGCGCAACAUGCAAAAUGCUGGCCGAAAAGCUGUCUUGGGUCAUGAACUUCAGCUCAGCGCCCGUCAGUAUUCCCAGCUGGCUGCUGUUGUCGCCGUUCAGCAGCAGCAACAGUUGCUGUGUCGUGAGAUGAAUCCUACUCUGCGCUGCCAAGAUGCGAUGCGGGCCUUGGGCUGGCAAAGCUUUCACACCACCAGCAGUAUGUGGUCGGAGCAGGUGGUGAAGGUGCCUCCAUUCGCUGACUCCAUUACGGAGGGUGACAUUAAAUUCACUUGCAAAGUGGGCGACUCGUUUGGUGCCGACGAGGCCGUCAUGGAGAUUGAAACGGAUAAGACCACUAUGCCAGUGCCGGCUCCGUUUGCCGGUUCAAUUACGGAAAUUCUAAUCAAGGAUGGUGACACGGUUAAGCCCGGCCAAGAGCUCUUCAAAAUGAAGCCUGGCGCCGCUCCAGCCAAGUCAGCUAGUGCGCCGGCCGCAGAAGCGCCUAAGGCUGCGGCCGCUCCGCCACCACCACCCCAGCCAGCAGCUGCCCCAGCGGGAGCACCUGCACCAGCUGCGCCAAAGGCACCACCACCACCGCCACCUCCACCAGCAGCACGUCCGCCACCGGCGGCACCCCGUGCUGCUGCACCGUCGCCGGCGGCCAUUAGGCCUGCUGUGGCUCAGGUGAAAGUGCCGCCAGCGGAUGGCACCCGUCAGAUUUUGGGCACACGCUCCGAGCAGCGUGUCAAGAUGAACCGCAUGCGUCAAAAGAUCGCAGCGCGCUUGAAGGAUGCACAGAACACGACUGCUAUGCUGACCACUUUCAAUGAGAUCGACAUGAGCUAUGCGAUGGAUUUCCGAAAGGCGAACCUCGAUGCCUUCGUCAAGAAAUACGGCAUCAAGCUGGGCUUCAUGUCCAUCUUCUCGAAAGCCAGUGCCUAUGCGCUGCAGGAUCAGCCUGUUGUGAAUGCUGUCAUCGAUGGUCAGGACAUGGUGUACCGCGACUAUGUGGAUAUCUCAGUGGCUGUUGCCACGCCUCGUGGCCUGGUUGUGCCUGUCAUCCGCAAUGUGGAGAGUAUGAACUAUGCGGAUAUUGAGAUAGCGCUGGCCGGUCUCGCCGACAAGGCGAAGCGCGAUGCCAUUACCGUGGAGGAUAUGGAUGGUGGCACCUUUACCAUCAGCAACGGUGGCGUCUUUGGAUCACUAAUGGGCACGCCCAUUAUUAAUCCACCACAGAGUGCUAUUCUUGGCAUGCACGGUAUCUUUGACAGACCCAUUGCUGUCAAGGGCGAGGUCAAGAUCCGCCCCAUGAUGUAUGUGGCUCUGACAUACGAUCACAGGAUCAUCGAUGGUCGUGAGGCGGUGAUGUUCCUGCGUAAGGUGAAGGCUGCCGUUGAGAAUCCAACCAUCAUUGUUGCCGGUCUGUAAGGACAGUCACGAUUGUUAGCGCUGCGUCCACGUUGUUCUACUGAUAUUAUCGAAUCGGCAACCUAAAACAGAAGCACAUCUAAAUUAUUUGUAUAAACCAGAACUUUUCAUUGUGUGUAUUUAGUAUAAAAAAUUUACGAGUGUCACAAAUCAAAUCGACUUAAUUUUCCUUUUGACUAUAUAUAUACACGACCCAAAUAAAAUUACAAUACGACGUGGAAUUGUUUUCAAAACGUA